GCGGGGCUGCCUUCGGGACAGAAGAACUCGGGAUGAGUAAAACCAAUAAUUUUGACCUUCAAAGUCCACUCUGUGUUCUCUGUGGACGGACAGAUGACUGUCCUGAAAAGUAUGGAGAAAAAAGGACCUAUGUGGAAUACAAUCUCACUGUUCAUUAUUACUGUUUGUUGAUGUCAAGUGGCAUUUGGCAGAGAGGGGAAGAAGAUGAAGGUGUGGAUGGAUUCUUAAUCACGGAUAUUAGAAAAGAAGUAAAUAGAGCUGCAAAACUGAAAUGUAAUAUCUGUAAGAAAAAAGGUGCUUCAAUUGGAUGUGUAGCUCCCAAAUGCAAACGAAGUUACCAUUUUCCUUGUGGCAUACAAAAGGAAUGUAUUUUCCAGUUCAUGGAAGACUUCAGAUCUUACUGUUGGGAACAUAAACCAGUCCAAAAGUUUCCAGAUAAAGAAUGUAGAGGAACUUCACAGUGUACAAUAUGCCUGGAUUUGGUUGAACAGCUUCCAAUGUACACUGUAUUGAAAAGUCCUUGCUGUAAAAACGCUUGGUUUCAUCGCGAAUGCUUGCAGUAUCAAGCUUUGAGUGCUGGGAUAUUUUUCUUUAGGUGCACAGUAUGUAAUAACAAGGACAAAUUUCAGAAAGAAAUGUUGAGAAUGGGCAUACACAUUCCAGAAAAGGAUGCAUCUUGGGAACUUGAAGAGAAUGCAUAUCAAGACCUACUGCAAUGUUAUCAACACUGUGACAUUAAAAGAUGUCUCUGCAAGAAAGGAAGAGACUAUAAUGAACCUGAUAGUAAAUGGGAAAUAAAGCGUUGUCAGUGUUGUGGUUCCCGUGGAACUCAUUUGGCCUGUUCAUCUAUGACGUCAUGGGAGCAAAACUGGGAGUGCAUGGAAUGCAGAAGUAUAUUUGCAAAAUCAGGGAAAUAUAGCAAACAGAAAAAGCGUUCUUUGGCUACCUCUGAAAAGACAGAUGGGACAACUUGUUUGCUGGAAGAGCCAUCUCCAAAGUGCCCUCGGCAGUCACCUGGAUCUCAACGCAAUUUUCUUCUCCAGCAUUUAAGAGAGCAAAGAAGGGAAGUUUCUGAUAUACUGAAGGAGUUAAAGCUACAAGUUAAUACAAAAACUACAAGGCUUAACAUCAAUACAGAAAAUAUCUGGAAUAGUGCUUUAAAAGGAUUUAGGCAGCGCAACUUCAGUCCUACAAACACCAUUGAAAUAAAGUUCACAAACUGCAAAAAUAGAUCAAAGACAGAUACUUCCGCUGCAUCAAAACACCGUUUCUUCCAAUUAUUAAUGCUUCACCUUCAGAAUUCAUCAUUGUUUGAGGGCUCUUCUGCAAAGAACUUGUCCCUUGAUUUUCAAGCUGUAAAAGAGAAUCUUUAUUUUGAAGCUGGUAAAAUGAUUGCAGUUUCUCUGGUUCACGGUGGCCCAUCUCCUGGUUUCUUUUCCAAAACACUGUACAAUUGUCUUGUCUAUGGUCCAGAGAAUGUGAAGCCAGCUUUGGAAGAUGUUGCUGAUGUUGAUGUAGCACAAACAAUAAAAAUGAUAAAAUAUGCAAAUAGUCUGGCCAGCCUACAGUCUACAAUACACGACUGUUAUGAAUUCCUUGCUGCUGCUGGAUGUUUAAGACCUGUAACAGCUUUGUGUGAUAAGAAUAUGCUGGUGGAUGACAUAUUGAUCCAUCAUGUAAUCAAGAGAAUUAUUUCACCCUUAGAAAGUUUUAGGCAAGGUUUGAAAACUCUUGGUGUGCUAGAGAAAAUGCAAAUGCAUCCGGAUGUGUUCUGUAGUAUAUUGUGCCACAAACCUGAAAGACUUUCAGCAGAAACUAUUUGCGAUCUCUUUACAAUCCAUUCCUCAUCAGAUGUAAAUGAAGUUGAAGGUGCUGAUUUUUGGAUGGGUUAUUUGCAAGAGGUGGAAAGUGGUGAGUCUGUAGUGACAUUGGAGGAUAUUCUGCUCUUCGUAACAGGCUCUUUUUCUAUACCGCCCAUCGGUUUUGAUCCUGAACCUACUAUUAAAUUUUUGCAUAUAAGGUAUCCUGUUGGAAACAGGCUCCUUAAUUGCUUAGAGCUCCCUAUAACAAAGACAUAUGAGCAGUUUAAAAAUAAAAUGGAGUUCACCAUCAGAAACACACUAAGAGUUGAAAGAGAAUAAAUAUUUUUGCUACUAAUGUGGAUGUUGGAAGCUUCA